AGCAAAGGUCAGCUGGAAGAACAACCCUCGCAGGUGCGACUUUCUCAGUUAGCCUGGGUUUGGAAACAGAUGGGAUCAUUCAGGAGAGCAGAAGAGCAAAGAUGCGGGUGUUAACGCACUACCGGGGUCAUUAUGUGACAGUUGUCAUCUGUGUGAUCAUCCUUUGCAUGCACCUGGUUUUUCAACCCCCCACCGAUCCGUCGGAAAGACGCUGUGCAUGCAAAGAUUGUGUCAGAGAGCAAAGCCACAGUACCUGGUUUAAUGAACUCUACGACCCCUCUAUUCAACUACUGCUCACCCGGGGAAACUAUGUGCUUAGUAAAGACGUCUACACGUACUGGAAGGGCCUUCAGAAAAGUAAGAAGGACAGCGACUACAGAGCAGUGGUGGAAAAGAUGUUUUCUCUCUUCCCCGAUAAAACACGAUACACAGACGCAAGUCCAGACCGCUGCAGGACUUGUGCUAUAAUCGGAAACUCAGGCAACCUUAAAGGAUCCUGUUAUGGACGCCUCAUAGAUGCUCAUAACUUUGUCAUCAGGAUAAAUAUGGGCCCAACAAAAGGCUAUGAGGACGAUGUGGGGUCUAAGACCACUCACCGGUUUAUCUAUCCCGAGAGCGCUGUGGAUUUAGACAAUUCCACCUACCUGGUGCUUUCCCCAUUCAAAGUCCUGGACAUGGAGUGGCUCAUCAGUUCCUUCACCACGAAGAACAUCACACGAACUUACAAAAAAGUACGGGCGAGCAUAAAUGCCAACAGACAUAAGGUGAUGAUUUUGCAUCCUGCUUUCAUCAAGUAUGUCCAUGAGAUAUGGUUGGUGAAACAUGGCAAAUAUCCGUCCACAGGCUUUCUUGCCAUUAUAUUUGCCCUGCACAUCUGUGACCAGGUGUCUACGUUUGGGUUUGGUGCUGAUCAAUAUGGAAACUGGUACCACUACUUUGAGAAGACUUCAAGUAAAGUCCGCACAGGCGCUCACAGUGGCAGCUUCGAGUUCGACACCAUGAUGCAGUUGUACUUGGAAAGCAAAAUCCAGGUGUUCAGAGGGAGAUAAUGGGAUAUUGAGAUUUGCCACAAUGUUAAACCCAAACACUGCGUCACUAUGAAUGCACUUUACAAUACCUCACUGUCUUACUAAAUACUGCUGCAUGUAUUACUGUUAAACACUGAUUAUUGAAUCAUAAAUACUCUCCUAGUGUGUACUUAAAUAUAAACAUUUUGUUCAUAGCUCACCCAUUAAUGUAUUUUUUUUUCAAUUUACUCACCCUCAGGCCAUCCAAUGUGAUUUUUUUAUUCA